AUGAUCAGAGAAUGUGCUUAUAAUAAUCUGACAUGCAACCUUGUAUCCAGACACAACUGAAACAUGGGAAGCAGCUACGUGGAAAGUUUGGGAGAUGUGGAGGAACAUGUCUUUCGUAGCCAGUACUCACCUGUCCCUAUCCCUGACAAUGUGACUUUGCCAGAAUAUGUGCUCCAAAAUGCUGAGCUCUAUGCUGACAAGGUCGCAUUCGUGGAUGCUGUAACUGGAAAACAGGUGACUUACGGUGAUGUGGUGAGGGAUGUAAAGAGGUUUUCAAAGGCCUUAAGAUCUCUUGGUUUGAGGAAAGGGCAUGUUGUCAUUGUGUUGCUUCCAAAUGUGGUUGAGUAUGCCAUUGUUGCUUUGGGGAUAAUGGCUGCUGGUGGGGUCUUUUCUGGGGCUAAUCCAGCUUCUCAUGUCUCAGAAAUUAAGAAACAGAAAGAGUCUGCAGAUGCCAAGAUAUUUGUCACAGAUGCCACAAACUAUCAAAAGGUGAAGGGUCUAGAGGUACCUGUUAUUGUGGUAGGAGAUGAAGUUGUUGAAGGUGGCAUGAAUUGGAAGAAGUUGAUUGAAGCAGCAGAGAGAGGAGGUGGUGAUUUUUCCAAGGAACCUGUUGAACAGAAUGAUCUUUGUGCCAUGCCAUUCUCAUCAGGAACCACAGGAAUGUCAAAGGGUGUGAUGCUCACUCACAGAAAUCUGGUGGCUAAUCUCUGCUCUACACUCUUCAGUGUGACAAGGGAAAUGGAGGGCAAGGUCACCACACUAGGCCUCAUUCCCUUCUUUCACAUCUAUGGCAUCACUGGAAUAUGUUGUGCCACUCUUAGGAGCAAAGGGAAAGUUGUGGUUAUGGGAAGGUUUGAGUUGAAGAAGUUUCUCAAUGCCUUGAUCACACAUGAGGUCACAUUUGCACCCAUUGUACCCCCUAUCAUUCUCAGCUUGGUCAAGAAUCCCAUAGUUGAUGGAUUUGACCUCACCAAGCUCAAACUCCAAGCUGUUAUGACUGCAGCAGCACCACUUGCACCAGAACUUCUUAGUGCUUUUCAACACAAGUUCCCUGGUGUUUCUGUCCAUGAGGCAUAUGGACUUACUGAGCAUAGCUGCAUCACACUCACUCUUGCAACAAAAGGAUUGGGCAGUGUUCAUAAAAAUUCAGUGGGAUUCAUCCUCCCAAAUUUGGAAGUCAAGUUUAUUGAUCCUGACACUGGUCGAUCCCUUCCUAGGAACACACCCGGGGAACUUUGUGUGAGAAGCCAAUGUGUAAUGCAAGGUUACUAUAAACAGGUGGAUGAAACUGCACAUACCAUUGACAAGAAUGGAUGGCUUCACACAGGUGACAUAGGAUUCAUAGAUGAUGAAGAAAAUGUCUUCAUCAUUGAUCGUAUCAAAGAGUUGAUCAAAUACAAAGGUUUCCAAGUUGCUCCUGCAGAGUUAGAGGCCAUUUUGCUGAGUCAUUCAUCAGUUGAAGAUGCAGCUGUAGUGCCAAUACCAGAUGAAGAUGCAGGGGAAAUCCCAGGUGCAAGUGUGGUUUUGAUCCCUGGUGCAAAGGAAAGUGAGGAGGACAUAAUGAACUAUGUUGCCAACAAUGCUGCACAUUACAAGAAAGUGAGAGUGGUGCACUUUGUGAAAACCAUACCAAAGUCACCCUCUGGAAAAAUAAUGAGGAGGCUCAUCAAAGACAAGAUGAUUCAAAAGAUAAAGACAACUUCCUCAACAAAAUCUCAGAAUGUCUAAAAUCAAUGGCUUUGAUUUUCAUGUCUCCAUUCUCAGGGUUGCAAACUUGUUAGGUGAUCACUGAUUUGAUGUUCUCAGAAAUAUUUGA